AUGAAUAGUGAAGAUAAUAAAAAUUCUCUAGAUACUACAAAUGAAAAUGAUGUCAAAAAUGAUGUUAAUAUAGAUGAGAACCCUAUUAGUGAAGAAAAAAGUAUAGAACAAAAAGAAGAAAAAAAUUUAGAUAGAGUUAUUGUAACAUUAAUGAACACACCAGGAGUCCCACCAUUAAAAACAAAAAAUCGUGCCGUAGAUAUAACCAUGACAUUCGGAGAGUUAACUCGUAAAGUUCAUAAAAUAUUAAAAUUGGAAAAGGAACAGACACUCUUUCUAUAUGUAAACAAUGCUUUCAGCCCAACUUUAGAUACAACCUUAGAAAAUGUCAUAAAUUGCUUUGCUCCCGGAGAAAGUAAAUUAACAAUUCAUUAUUCAAUUAAUCAUGCUUUCGGUUAA